CUCGUCGCUUUCACCAACUAUAACAUAAAUCGCCGAGAUUUCUUCUUCAGAAUUUCAUACCGAUCCCUUGUUCAUUCGACGCCAUGACUCAGGUCACUCCUCUUCAGUCAUACCUUCGACCACGAACAAGUCGAAUACUGCCGCUGUGGAAGUUAUCAUACUUGCUUCAGCUGGCAAGUCCUGUGCUACUACUUGGUCUUGCUGUAUACAGCUUCAUGACGCACACUCCCGCCCCAAACGCAAAAUUUACUGGUGAAGAGUUCCUGCCAGUAGUGUUGAUACCACAACCUCUGAUUCAUUUCUCCCUCCUGUACUUUACCGACUUCACAUUUAAACUUCCAAGAUUGCCCGAGAACAAGAAUGCAGACGAAAUUGCGUCUCUCGUCGAAACAUACAUAGAUCCCAAACGUGGUACAGCAUUUCUCUCGACCCGAAGGCAACAAAUCGAAGACUUUGCGCUGUACUUGGCAGACCCCAAUCGACAUGCUGGCAAUCUAUUUUCCCGAACACGCAAUACAGUCCUUGGCUCUUUCUAUCUCGCGUUAUUCUUGUUUACGUGGUCAAUGCUCUAUGCUCUCGACAUAUGCGUUGUCGGUGGCUGCAACAUUGUCUGGAAGCUCUUAAUGUGGACCGAGUUUUGUCUCAUGACAUUCUCGGUGCUGAUUUACGCAAUUGAGACGCCAUGGUACUUGCAUAUGGGUCGCUUAGCAAGGAACAUCAGGAUGGAAUGUAUGUGUGUUCACUCGGAAAAGGCAAUUCUAGGAAAGGAGAGUUUGGCAGAAAUCAUCGAACGUCUUCUGGAACUUUUCGAAGAUGAGAAUGUGGAUAGAGACGAGAGGCGAAACGUGAUUCGGGCAUCCAUUCGGGACGAUGACCGUCAGGGAUGGGGUGUUUUUGGCCGGGGUGAGAAAAGGGUUCUGUUAGUCUAA